AUGAAAUGGUGUCUUGGGGACAGAUUUCCAUUUCUCUUGCCAUCAGAUGAUAAUAUUAAGUCUAAAGGGCUUCCUCAAUUGACCGCCUCCGCUUUCUACCCACUCCUUAUACUCCCCUUUCUCAUCUCCACUACAACCCGCCCCCCUUCCCAUCUCAGACGGGAUUUAACCUCUCUGCCAAAACUGGAAUUCUACCUCAUUGAACUUCAAUCUUUUGGCUCUGAUCACUCUCUCCUCCUCCCCGGCCUCCUCUACUCUUUAAAUGUAUUCUUUGGGCAUGAUUUUGACUUUUCUAUGAUCAUCUUUGAAUUUGACUUACAAAUAUAA